AUGCUGGCCCAUGGAGCGAAAAUCUGGCCAGCGGCGCUCACGCGCAACUACGGCAUGUCUGCCAUGUCGGAAGAGCCGCACUCGUACAAGGGGAAUGAUAAAUGCCUAAACUGCGUUCAAAAUGGGACUAGAUGUGUUUUCGAUACACGAGAUGGGCGGAAAGAAAAAGGAAAUACUGAAGCUCAUUUUCUCAGCCGCGCCGCUGUUAAAGCCGAGACCGAAGCACUGUCUGAACGCGUACGCCAGCUGGAACAGCUACUGAAACAAAGCACUGGAGAGAAAGAAAUAUCUGGUAAAGUGGCACUUCCGGAACAUGUUCCGGGCGAAGCGUCAGUUACAACCGGCCAAAGCCUUCUUUUCCAUGAUGUUCACACCCUGCCGGAUAUGGAAAUAGUUGUCGACGUGCCAGAUGGGUCACCAACAAGUUCUAAGCAUGCUAGCAAAUCAGAUACUGAGGAGCAGAUCUCUACUGUUAAGAACCUUGUCCCAUCUCCGAUCCGUUUUGACAUGUCCUCCGGCCGGGUACGCUAUUUUGGCCCAACUACAAGCAUGAAUGUCCUGACAACAAACUCCCCGCGGGAAACGUCGGAGCGACGGGAGGCCCAUUGGCCAAUGUGUAUGCUUCUAAGGGAUCUGACGAUUGAAACCCACGAUUAUCUAAUGGACUUGUAUUGGACAUGCCACAAUUCAGUACUCCACUUAAUACAUUCUGACGCCUUUUACCAUGAUCUGGAGCGAGGGGGCACACAAUUCUACUCUGUCUUCUUGCACCUAACUGUGCUUGCUAGUGGAUUCAAAUAUGCCGACAAGUCUCGCCGAGAUAUACAACAACUGGUAGCAACUCCUGGAACUGCGGGUUCAACAAUUCACGAGAAGGCCAGGGUAUUUGCCAAGCUUGAGCAGGACAGGCCUGGUGGCAUCCCAUCAAUUCAGGCAUUUAGCCUCUUGGCUGAUAUUGAAUUCAACAUUGGACGGGAUGAUAUCGGUUGGUUGUUUGCAGGGAAAACAGGCAUGUCUUUGCGGCUGGUAUCAGAUGUUGGACUUCAUGUUGACCCCACCACACUAUGUCUUACGGAAAAGGAAGCUCAGAUUCGCCAUAUGGUUCUAUGGGCAAGCCUGGUUCACGACAUGCAUUGGUCGUUAUAUCUUGGCCGGCCAACGACACUAAAACUCUCGGACAUUGCGCCAGUAUGCUUGUCUCGUGACUUUACUAAACUCAUCUUCUGUAGGCCGUCCGGCCACGAGAAGAAGCUGACUACCAGGAUAUAUGAGGCACUUUUGAAACUUAUGGGUCUUAUUAGCCCACUUUGCGAUCGAUGCGUAGUAUUAAAACCGUCUACAACAGCAGAAACCUACUUUAGAAUGGCGUCACUUGACGAAGAGUUGAAUAGUUGGCGGUCUGAGUUGCUAGAGGACUUGAGGUGGCCACCAAGAACUUGGGACAUGCCGAGUUCAUUUUAUUUACUCCAUACUCAAUACUACGUGGCUCUUAUAUUAUUACACCGCCCGUUUGUUCAAUAUGAACCCCCAGAGCAAUCGUCGGAUGGCAGAUCAGCUACUGGCGAUAGCAAAACCCACUUUACAAAGCUCUCUCGUUCUGUUUGUGCUGAAAAUGCGGGAAUGAUCGUUGAGAUAUUUGAAAAAUAUCGCGAACACCUCGACUUGGCUAAGGUUUACGGGACGGGACUUGCACAUGCGGGCACCGCAGCUACGGCUCUCAUGGGAGAGGUGAUCCUUCAGGUAGACGACGAGAAGCAAUCGGAGAUGAUAUCGCAACUUUGCUCGCUCCGGAAGACAAUCAGCCUCAUGGCUCCCACCUACCCGCCAGGUAUACUCAUGGCCAACGUCGUGGAUGGCUAUAUGGCGGGCCUCAAUCACGCCGCGGAUCCGGGAACUGAUCUUGAAGCGGAAAUAAUAGACCGCGGAUGUCAGUUACCACAAGGUAAUGCGAGCCUGUCUGGAAUGAGUUUCGCUGCGAUUGGUGGGAAGGAACAUGCAAACAUUAUAUUUCCCUUUACACCGACAGAGGCAGCAUCGGACUCGGUGCAAGGUCUGCCUUUUCUUCCUUCAUCGGUCAUGGAAGGACUCAAUGCACACGAGUUAUCAUUCGUAGAUCAAAUAGGCUACUCAGACUACGGAUUUUCCUGGGAAAGUCACGGAACUUCGAAUUAG